CGCGAGGAGUAUGGUCCUCUCGCUGCUGCUCUUCGUGCUCGCGACACCACCAUUGCCCUAGAAGAUCUUCAUGACCGUCUGGUUGAUUUUGAAGCUGAUUUCGAUGCCCAUCGGUCCUCUUCUGCGCUGGCUCCUACCACAGCCUUCUCAUCUACUCGUGGACACUCUUUUCCCGCUGCUCGUGGCCGUGGCAGUCCUCGUCGGUCCCGGCAGGUGGCUUCCUCGGUCUACCCCGAUACCACGUACCGUGGUCACUCUCCCGCCCGUCGCUAUCCCAGCUCGACCGGCUCCUCUUCUGCCCAAUCCCUUCUCGGUCGCCCUCCACCCCUGUGCCAAUUCUGUGACAAGACGGGUCACACUGCCAAAGAUUGCUACCAGAUUCGUGGUCGUCCUCAAGCUCACCACACCAUGACCGCGGGCUCUACCUCCUCCGGCUGGCUCCUUGACUCCGCCGCCACCAACCACAUCACCCCUGAUCUCGGUGGUCUCUCCCUCUACACCGACUACCAUGGUCCCGACGAGGUUAUUGUCGGCGACGGGGCAGGACCUAGCCACGGGGGCGCCUCUGCUACGCGGCCAGAAUAAAGACGACGUGUAUGAGCUGCCGGUGGCUUCCCAACCCGUUCGCCUUGCCUUGUCCGCCACAACACCCACUGCCUCCACUUGGCAUCAUCGCCUCGGUCACCCAAACACCAAGCUGUUGUCCCGUUUACUUCGUACUCAGGCUCUUCCUGCAUCUCACUCUUUCUGUUCCUCUUGUGAAUCUUGUUCGCUUCAUAAAAGUCACAAACUUCCCUUUUCUGUUUCGAGUUUGACUAGUACUCGUCCUUUCGAUUUAUUGUUCAUGGAUGUUUGGGGGCCUUCCCCUGUACUUUCUCUUGAUGCCUAUUCUUAUUACUUGGUCAUUGUCGAUCAUUUUACCCGCUACACAUGGCUCUAUCCAUUAUCCCGCAAAUCCGAUGUUUCUCAUGUUUUUACCACUUUCACCGCGA